AUGGGGACAGUGGGGGAACUUUGCGUGUCCAGCCUUUACUCGUUGUUGUGUCCGGCCGUGGAGGUGGUUCAGCAAACUGCAGUGCCAGACGACCUUACUCCGGAGGAGCAGCAAGAACUGGAGAACAUCCGCCGGCGCAAGCUGGAGCUGCUGGAGGACAUUCAGCGGCUGAAGGAUGAGAUAGCAGAGGUGACCAACGAGAUUGAGAACCUGGGUUCCAGCGAAGAGAGGAAAACCAUGCAGAGGAACAAGCAGGUGGCCAUGGGGCGUAAGAAAUUCAACAUGGACCCCAAAAAGGGCAUUCAGUUCCUCAUUGAGAACGACCUGCUGAAGAACACCAGCGAUGACAUCGCUCAGUUCCUCUGCAAGGGGGAGGGGCUAAACAAAACGGCCAUUGGGGAUUACCUCGGGGAAAGAGAUGAAUUCAACAUCCAGGUCCUACACGCUUUUGUUGAACAUCAUGAAUUUACGGACCUCAACCUGGUUCAAGCACUAAGACAGUUCCUGUGGAGCUUCCGUCUACCGGGAGAAGCCCAGAAGAUCGACCGCAUGAUGGAAUCCUUCGCCCAGCGCUACUGCCAAUGCAACCCCGGCGUUUUCCAAUCCACAGACACCUGCUACAUCCUGUCGUUCGCCAUCAUUAUGCUCAACACCAGCCUCCACAACCCCAACGUGAAGGACAAGCCCAGCGUGGAGCGCUUCAUCUCCAUGAACCGGGGGAUCAACGAAGGAGGGGACCUACCCGAAGACUUGCUCAGGAAUCUGUAUGAUAGCAUUAAGAACGAGCCUUUUAAAAUCCCUGAAGACGACGGCAACGACCUCACGCACACCUUCUUCAACCCGGACAGAGAAGGCUGGCUUCUAAAACUGGGAGGAGGCCGCGUGAAAACCUGGAAGAGAAGAUGGUUCAUCUUAACCGAUAACUGCCUCUACUACUUUGAGUACACGACGGACAAAGAACCGCGAGGGAUCAUCCCGCUGGAGAACCUGAGCAUCCGAGAAGUGGAGGACAAGAAGCCUAACUGUUUUGAGCUUUUCAUCCCCGACAACAAGGACCAGGUGAUCAAGGCGUGCAAGACAGAGGCGGACGGUCGCGUGGUGGAGGGCAACCACACCUUCUACCGUAUCUCCGCCCCCACCACCGAAGAGAAGGACGAGUGGAUGAACAGUAUCAAGGCCGCCAUCAGCAGGGACCCCUUUUACGAGAUGCUGGCCGCCAGGAAGAAGAAGGUUUCAUCCCUGAAGAGGCACUGA